AUGUCCUCCUUCAACCAGUCCGGGACCGAGUUCCCCGGGGCGCAGGAGUUCCGCGCAACGGUGGAAGAUGACGGACUCGACGGGGAUUACACCAUCGUCGGCGACUACCCAGAGGAACCCGACUAUUACCUCCUGCUGGGUCUUGCGCGCAAUCCUCCCCCAACAGACGCUGAGAUCCGCUCCGCCUACCGAAAUCUGACUCUCAGCUUCCAUCCCGACAAACAGCCACCGCAUCUUCGCCAUGCGGCCGAGAGUCAGUUCAGACAUAUCCAGGAGGCGUAUGAGACACUCAUCGAUCCAAAUAAGCGCAUUGUAUACGAUAUAUCGGGUGCUGAAGGCGUGCGGCAGGAAUGGGGUCAGCUUGGGGCCAUGGGAGUUGGUGGGGAGGCACAACGGCAGGAUGUUGGUGUUAAGGCGAUGUCGCCGGAUCAGUUCCGGCGAUGGUUUUUGAAGACAAUGAAGAAACGGGAGAGGAAAGCGGUGGAGAGUCUUGUUUCCAGCAAGGGCGGUAUUACCCUCGGAAUUAACGCGGCAUCCAUGAUCACGGUCGACGAGGACGAUGAUGUGCAGUUCCAUAUACCUUCGCCGCAAGUGUCCACAUAUGGCGUUUCGUAUAAUUUCAAGACGCCAGUGUCAUUACCACAGCUUUGGGGUACGGCAGAUAAAGAAGAAGAAACAUCGAGCGUCGAAACGGAUGCAGGAGAAGAUGUGCAAGAGGAGGAAGUAGAGAACAUGCAGGUGACUUGGAAUGCGGGUAUAACUGGAGGUUUGGCUCGGCCGGUCAAGAAAGUCAUAGUUGAGUACGAGGAUGGAACAGAAGGAGAAGAAAAGUUUCAAAUGCCACCGAUCCUGGCAGCUCAGAACUUCCAAUUUGGGGCCACUGUGACUCCAAAUUUCAAAAACCCUGUCAGCUUCGAUGCUCUUCUUCUCCCUGUUCCGACUUUGAAAGCGAAUAUUGCUCGAGCCUUCCAGCCGAUCCCCGGCACCAGGCCAUUCCAGGUUAGCGUGACCAGUAUACAUAAGCGCUCUUUGGAUGAAACGGCGCCUUCUUUCGAGGUUCAAAUCUCGAGGGAAAUUGCCAAAAAGAAGAUCGGAGUCAUUACAUGGUCCAGUGGCGUUGUUGAAUGGCCCGAAUUUCUUCUUAACUGGUUCCCAACACUUGGAAUGGGAGCCCAGAGUGCCAUUGCAUCUGCUAAUGAGGUCAGUAAUCUACAAAUUGGUCUCAUAUCGCUUCCCAAGGAGGGCCAAGCUGCAAUCGAUUUCGACGAUGAUGACGAGGAGGAGAGUGGAGAUAUGGACGAGGACGUCCGCCAUCUCCUCAAGAAAAAACGCCAAAUCGAUCAAUCCGCCGAGUCAUGGCAGACCUAUCUCCAGGCUACUCCCGCCGGUGGCGCUUUUGUCUUGAAUUAUUCCCGGAACCUCUUCUCCGGAAAACCCGCCGACGACCCUGUCAAGACGGAAUGGAGUUCUGAAGGGUACUUCCCCAUGCCGAGCAUGGACCAAGCGCGUGCUGUGCGACUCGAAAUCUCGAGUGUUGUUGGGUUAGACAUGUCUCUCAAUUGGACUAUCAAGGGCGUUCGCCGGGUUGGCGAGCACACACGUGUUGGUCUCGGUAUUGGCAUCGCAGACAAGGGCAUCAUGAUGACCGUUUCAUGGAGUCGACUCGGCCAAAACAUUAAUCUUCCGAUCAAUGUUUGCCCGGCUAAUGAGUCAACAAACGGCGCUGCAGCGCUGACUGCUAUAUUCCCUUGGCUGGCCUACUGCGCGAUUGAAUUUGGAUAUAUUCGUCCCCGCGAUAGAAAACUUCGUCGACAGGCGGCUGCUCGACGCCACCGUGAGCUCAAGAAGUUGAUCCCUAAGAAACGCGAAGAGAGCCUUCAGGCCAUCGAGCUCAUGACGGAUCAAGUGCAAAGGCGGCAAGCGCGAGAGGAAGCACAAGAUGGUUUGGUCAUCUUGAAGGCCGAGUAUGGCUAUAUACCCCCAGUAAACAAGAAACCCAAAAAUGGGUUCGCGGAGCCUCGGGUGAUUGAUGUCACGAUCCCUGUGGCUGCGCUAGUUAACCGGGGUCAAUUGGUGAUUCCCGGCAAAUCUAUCAAGUUCCAAAUUUUGGGAUUCCACGACCCUGCGCCAUUGCUGCCCAAACGGUUGAAGAUCUGGUAUAGAUUCCAGGGGCGCGAUCAUUUUGUCGAGGCAGGUGAUAAAGAAGACGUCGCAUGUCCCAUGCGUACACACUUUGUAUCAACAUGA